AUGAGCCCUCUCAGGGAGCAAUGCAAGUCAGACACAGAAAAUGACAACACGGUGGUGCAGGACAUCAAGACCCCUAACAAGGUCGACAACAAGUACUACAAGAAUGUGCUUAGCCACGAGGUGCUCUUCGAUUCAGAUGCUACACUAAUGGUGGCAGAUGAUACAAGUGCAGCGGCUAGAAUCAAGGAGUACGGGAUCAACAUCAUCUCAUGCGUCGAUGUCAUGGCCUUCGCUGGGCGUGAUGCCACCUACUUCCUCAAGUACAAGAUUGUCUUCUUCGGCACACCAGUAGGCCAUUAUGAUGGACUUGUUUCCUUCAUGAAUCUGACACUCUCCAACUUGCCCCCUCCCUUCGCAUCACUGACCAGCUCCAAAUUUGCCUCCAAGAGGCUGAUUGCCGACGAGAUGGUCACCCUCUCUACUGCACACGCCAUUGGAAUGUCCCAUUCCUCCUCCUUCUCCUCAUCCUUCUUCGACUACCUCAACGCAAGCACCUCUGACAUGGACCCCACACUAAUGAGCUCUCUCCUGGAGCAAUGCAGGCCAGACAUAGGAAGUGACAACAUGGUGGUGCAGGAUGUCAAGACCCCUAACAAGGUCGAUAACAAGUACUACAAUAAUAUGUUUAGCCAUGAUGUGCUCUUCAUGUUGGAUUCCAUGCUCAUGACAUUAGAUGAUACAAGUGUGGCAUUGCGUGCCAAUGCCAACGACAAUGGUGUGUGGGAGGAGAAGUUCAAGGCAGCGAUGGUAAGGAUGGGUGCUAUCGAAGUCAAGACCAGUGCCAAUGGUGAGAUCAGGAAAAAUGUGGCGCCGUCAACUCAUACUAAUCCUACUGACCCAUUCAGUUCAUCGCAAAAUUUUGCUGUAUACAAGUAUCUUAAAUGGUCAUUCUCCAAGGAAAGUUAUUACAGCAUACCUUCUAUUUUGCUGCCCAUUCGGCCGUAG